AUGCCUAUUCCCGUUGGAAAUACAAAGAACGAUUUUACGGCUUUGCAAGAAAAGUUAGAUGCAGGUGCUGCAGAGAUCGAAGAGUGGUGGUCUGACUCACGUUGGAGCAAAACAAAGAGAGGUUACACAGCCAAAGACAUCGCUAUGAGACGCGGAACCUUCCCGCCAAUCGAAUACCCAUCUUCAGUUAUGGCUAGAAAAUUAUUCAAGGUGCUAGAAAAGCAUCACAAUGAAGGUACGGUUUCUAAAACAUUUGGUGCUCUUGAUCCCGUCCAAAUUUCUCAAAUGGCUAAAUAUCUGGACACCAUCUAUAUUUCGGGCUGGCAAUGCUCUUCAACUGCAUCUACCUCCAAUGAACCUGGUCCAGAUUUGGCUGAUUAUCCAAUGGACACUGUUCCAAACAAAGUGGAGCAUUUGUUCAAGGCUCAAUUGUUUCACGACAGAAAACAAUUAGAAGCCCGUUCGAAAGCAAAGUCUCAAGAGGAACUAGAUGAAAUGGGAGCACCGAUUGAUUAUUUGACGCCAAUUGUGGCUGACGCUGAUGCUGGCCACGGUGGCUUAACUGCAGUAUUCAAGCUAACCAAGAUGUUCAUUGAGCGUGGUGCUGCAGGAAUCCACAUGGAAGAUCAGACAUCCACAAACAAAAAAUGUGGUCAUAUGGCAGGAAGAUGCGUUAUUCCUGUUCAAGAACAUGUCAACAGAUUGGUAACUAUUAGAAUGUGUGCCGAUAUCAUGCGUUCUGACUUGAUCGUUGUUGCUAGAACUGAUUCAGAAGCAGCCACUUUGAUUAGCUCAACAAUCGAUACAAGAGACCAUUAUUUCAUUGUCGGUGCUACCAACCCAAAUAUCGAGCCAUUUGCCGAAGUUUUAAAUGGUGCUAUCAUGAGCGGUGCUUCCGGGAAAGAGUUAGCGGACAUUGAACAAAAAUGGUGCAGGGACGCCGGUUUAAAAUUAUUCCAUGAGGCUGUCAUUGACGAGAUCGAGAGAUCGAGUCUGCCAAAUAAGCAGGAAUCAGUCAAAAAGUUCACUUCUAAAGUCGGUCCAAUGACCGAAACAUCUCACAGGGAAGCUAAAAAACUUGCCAAGGAAAUUCUAGGCCACGAUAUCUUCUUCGAUUGGGAACUUCCAAGAGUAAGAGAAGGGUUGUACCGCUACAGAGGCGGUACUCAAUGCUCUGUUAUGAGAGCUCGUGCAUUUGCUCCAUAUGCUGACUUAGUAUGGAUGGAAUCUAAUUAUCCAGACUUCCAACAGGCGAAAGAAUUCGCUGAAGGUGUUAAAGAGAAAUUCCCUGAUCAGUGGCUGGCUUAUAACUUGUCUCCAUCUUUCAACUGGCCAAAGGCCAUGUCUGUUGAUGAACAACACACCUUUAUUCAGAGGUUGGGCGAUCUGGGCUACAUUUGGCAAUUCAUCACUUUGGCAGGUUUGCAUACCAAUGCUUUGGCGGUCCACAACUUCUCUCGUGAUUUUGCUAAGGAUGGAAUGAAAGCUUACGCACAAAAUGUUCAACAAAGGGAAAUGGACGAUAAUGUUGAUGUAUUGAAGCACCAAAAAUGGUCUGGUGCGGAGUAUAUUGAUGGGUUGUUAAAAUUGGCUCAGGGUGGUGUUAGUGCAACAGCUGCUAUGGGUAAUGGUGUUACGGAAGAUCAGUUUAAAGAAAAUGGCGGAAAAAAGUAG